AUGACGAACAACAUUGUCGUGCUCGGUGCUGGCGUGUCGGGCCUCACGGCGGCCCUGCUCCUGUCCAAGAGCAAAGCCAAUUCCGUGACGGUGAUCUCGAAGCACAUGCCCGGCGACUAUGACAUUGAGUACACGUCGCCAUGGGCCGGUGCCAACGUGCUGCCCAUGGCGCCCGAGUCCGAUAGCAGAUGGGAGCGCAGGACAUGGCCUGAACUCAGCCGCCUGGCCGCCGAGGUUCCGGAAGCGGGUAUUCACUUCCAGAAGAGCCAGGUCUUCAGACGUAAGAAGGACAUCGAGGCCGGCGGCAACCCCUACGACGCCCUGUACGCCGUGGACCCGUGGUACCGCAGCCUGCUCCCGGACUUCCGCGACCUGCGCGCGGACGAGCUUCCCGCCAACGCGCACUCGGGCUCCGAGUUCACGUCGGUGUGCAUCAACACGGCGCUCUACCUGCCGUGGCUCGUGGGCCAGUGCCGCAAGAACGGCGUCGUCUUCAAGCGCGGCGUCAUCGCGCACAUCCACCAGCUCAAGGCGCUGCACCACUCGGGCCGUCCGGCCGACGUCGUCGUCAACUGCUCGGGCCUGCUGGCGUGCAAGCUGGGCGGCGUCGAGGACAAGGCGGUGCAGGCGGCGCGGGGCCAGGUCGUGGUGGUGAGGAACGAGGUCGAGCCGAUGGCGACCAUCUCGGGCACCGACGACGGGGCGACCGAGGUGUGCUACAUGAUGACGCGGGCGGCCGGGGGCGGGACGGUCCUGGGCGGCACGUACGACAAGGGCAACUGGGACCCGAAUCCGGACCCCAACAUCGCGAACCGCAUCAUGAAGCGGUGCGUCGAGCUGAGCCCGGCGCUGACGGGCGGCCGGGGCGUCGAGGCGCUGGACAUCAUCCGGCACGGCGUCGGGCUGCGGCCGUACCGCGAGGGCGGCGUCCGGAUCGAGACGGACAGGGCGACGUUCGCCGACGGCACGCCGGUGGUGCACAACUACGGCCACGCCGGAUGGGGGUUCCAGGGGUCGUACGGCUGCGCCGAGCGGGUUGUCGAGCUGGUCAACGAGAUCCGCGCCGAGAAGGGGGACAAGUUGGCGGAUGAGCCCGAGAUGUUCUCGUGGGACAAGGCAAGCAAGUUGUAG